CUACCUGCUCUCCAAGCUCUUGAAAGUAGGGUCCAAGCGUUCAAGAAUCAAUCCUCAUCAGCGACUACAAGCCGCGAAGUGGACGCCUUGUCAGCCAGGGUCAGACACCUGAUCCGCCAAGUAGUCACGCAGCAGGUGAGUAAGAAGAACGUCUACCGAGCCGCUGAGCCUGCUACCUAACCAAGACGGCUUGAAUGUUCUCCGCUUCGCAGGCGAUCGAUUCCCGUACGGCCUCACCUCGACUCAGCGAGACAGUCGCAGUCCAGUCGUAUCUCUCCUCGGCUUCGAUGGCUCGCUACCUGGAACGCAGUAUCAAGCAAAGCAGCCGUAAAGCGGGCUCACAUAGUAGCAUCAGCCUUCCGCCAGUCCCCAGGCUGGUCGUGGGCAGCAAUUCUCAGCCGGAAGGGGAGACUCUGGAUCAAGCUGCGCGCGAGAAGGCGCGCUUGCGUCAAGAAGCAGAGGAAGCAGAGAUGGCGGAAUACGAGACCGCAAGCAAUUUACGGCGGAGAGGCGGCUACAAGGCAGCAAAUGACGAGAGUGAAGAUGGAGAGAGGGCGGGCGGGACCAAAGACGAAAAGGCUGCUUCGACAAGCUACCCGCCUUCUACCUCUACAGCGCCCGUGGUCUCUGGGGACCGGUCGACGCAGGAGGCUCUUUCUUCCGAGCUGCUGCGCAUGGCUUCCAUCCUCAAGAACCAGACCAUUUCCUUUUCCUCGGCUCUGGAACGCGAUCGUAAGCUGCUGGAGUCUACAGAUCAGCAACUAUCCCAAAAUCUAGAUCUUAUGACGAGGACUAGAGGUCGCUUGGGCGAGUAUGCGCACAAAGCUCGAGGGAUGGGUUGGCUGACGCUGGGCACGGUGGUCAUGGUGGUGAUCACGUGGAUGCUGAUGUUCGUUGUGAUCAAGUUGACGUGACCGUGCGGACGCAUUUGUAAAGAAGAGGGGCAGCCCACCUCUUUGUCCCAGCGUUGCGAGGAGCGUGUCACAGCAGAUGGCCGAAUCCCCCAUCUGCAAUGCAACUCUGCGCCUCUCACC